GCCCCCCCAUUACAUUCCUUGAGGCCUAGCUGUAACAGUAGUAGUAGUAGUAGUAACAACAGUGAGGCCCGUUGCCAUGGCGACGGAGUAGGCCGCGGGGCCUCGUCGGUAGGCCUCAGCGGGGUUCGAGUGAGGAGGGAUAGGCGAGGAAGGGCCCCGCUAGACGGGGACGAAGCCUGGCUGGUUACCUUCCCUCCUUCAGGCGAAGGAGGAGGAGGAGGAGAGCGAAGGUCGCCAUGGCGGCCUAGAGGCCUAGGCCGCGACCGGAGCCUCCGUGGGAGUAGUCGCCUCCCCAGCGGGCCCAGGAGGAUGCAGAGGCCUGGCUCGGGCUUCCCGCCUCCGCGCCACCUCCAGUACCCGGAGGAGGGCUCCUGGAGGCGGACGGCGGCGGAGCUGGAGCGGAACCUCCAUUUCCUCCAGAGGCAACAUGGCGAGACCUUGGCCCAGCUCCACGAGGAGGUCGAGCGCCUCAAGAGGGAGAACAAGGAACUUCACUACAAGCUGAUAAUGUACCCGGUCCUCCAGAAUGUAUCAGAACACCCUUCUUUCGAAAAGACACAUCGCCGGGAUGCUUCAUUGAGGAGGAGCCCCCGCGGAUCAAGCACCGGAUAUGAUCACAGAGAGGACGUCAUGUCCAACUAG